ACUGUGCAUGAAUGUUACUGAUUGUCUGUUAGUCUCGUCUAGGUCUGUACAACCCACUAAACUAGAAUAUACUAAUAUCUUUAAAGUGCCCAAGGUGCCCAAGAAAGCUGCUCUGGAAGAGCCCGUGCCAGUAGCUGUGCCAAAAAAGCCAGAACCAGCACCAGCCCAAGCGCCUGAAGUGCCCAGGAAGGCUGCUCGAGAAGAAAAAGUACCUGUGGUCACUGCCAAAGCACCUGAGCCUCCAGCAGCCAGAGUGCCUGUGAUGCCGGAGGCAGAGGUCCUGGAAGAGGAAGAGGAAGAAGAAGCACCGGAAGAGGCAGUACCAGUGGCAGAGCCUGAAGAGCCAGAAGCUGCUCCAGCUGAAGUGCCUGAGGUGGUUGAGGAGGAGGAGCCAAAAGAAGAGGUUCCAGUGGUUGUUCCCAAGAAGCCUGAGGUGGUGCCCAAGAAGCCUGUGCCAGUGCCUAAGAAACCAGAAGCUCCUGCAGCUAAAGUGCUUAAGGUGCCCAAGAAAGCUGUCCCACAAGAAAAAGAGCCUGGUGCCGAACCCAAAAAACAGGAAUUAUUUCCAGGCAAAGUGCCCAAGGUGCCCAAGAAAGCUGCUCUGGAAGAGCCCGUGCCAGUAGCUGUGCCAAAAAAGCCAGAACCAGCACCAGCCCAAGGUACAUGUUGCCGUGAACAUUAUCAAGCAGAAUCUUGCUGCUGA